UAAGGGCGUUCUCACUUUCACGCUCUAGUGUGAACUGUGACUUUACUAUAAUACUCUUUAAAUUGGGAAAAUUAUAUGUAAACGAUUUUAAGUUCAGAAUUUUAUUGUACCGAAACUAAUAACCAUAUUAUUGAAAAUGGCCAUGCACUCAGCAGUUAAGGGUAAAUUAUUGGCUGUGAUCGGAGAUGAAGACACAUGUGUUGGUUUUUUGUUGGGUGGUAUCGGUGAAAUAAACAAACACAGGCACUCAAAUUUUAUGGUUGUUGAUAAAAAUACAGCAAUAAUUGAUAUUGAAGAAUGUUUCAAAGGGUUUGUCAAACGGGAUGACAUUGACAUAAUACUUAUUAACCAAAAUGUUGCUGAAAUGAUUCGUCAUGUAAUUGAAGGACACACACAACCGAUCCCAGCCGUUCUUGAAAUUCCUUCCAAGGACCACCCUUAUGACGCUAGUAAAGAUUCAAUUUUGCGUCGUGCCAAAGGAAUGUUUAAUCCAGAGGAUGUAUGAUAAAUUUAUAUACCAAAUUAUUUUAUCAUUUGUUUUUAUUGUUAGAUAGGUCACUUUUAUUUUAACAUUCCAUUUCAAAUUAUUUAUUAUAUAUUCAUAUAUCCAGUAAUAUGUUGAUU